UUAAGGUGUAAGAGCGUAUCAAACGUGGGCCGAUAGGCCGAAAAAUGGCGGAACGCACGAAGACGAGUGCUCCGGCUACGCGGCCCGUUCCCAUGAAACUCUUCGCAACUUGGGAGGUCGAUAGAACGCCAUCCAACUGCAUACCUAGGCUAUGCACUCUCACGCUCACUCGGUUGGUGGUUCUUCGACCUCUGGGUUCUGACUUGGCUUCAAUUAGCAUCGCCGUCAAAAUGCAAAGCUCGAAGAGGACUCUACGUUCUAACGAAAUGGCCGUACCGUCUGGAGGUGUCCUGGAUACCGAGCUCGAGCUGCAGUUCGCUCUCCAAUAUCCACAUUUCCUUAAGAGAGACGGCAACAAGUUGCUGAUACUCCUGCAAAGGCGAAAGAGGUACAAGAACCGCACGAUGUUGGGCUACAAAACAUUGGCUGAAGGAGUCAUCAACAUGGCACAAGUCCUUCAGAAGCAGAUGGAUUUGGAAUUGGAAUUAGUUUCCGACAAGGUGGAGAAAUAUGGAGGGCAUUCGGUGGUUCUGGCCAGGGUCAGUGUCGUAGCUCUGUGCUCGCAACCCGUAGACCACGAUAAAAGACUGACUAAUGAUCCCAACGAGAGACUUUGUCCGGAAUUUAGCGACGAGGAGGAGGAAUUCAGUUCCGAAGGAGAAGCCGAAGGCAGCGAUAGCGAGCCCACCUUAGAAGUGCAUAGAAGAAAGACUCGGGGAAAAAUACCAACCAAUGCGAGACAAAGAAACUUGAAACAGAAGUUCAAGGCUCUGCUGAAGCGAUUCAGAGUAUCCGAGGAGUUGGAACACGACCAAGAAGAGAUUGGGCAAAAGCUGUCCGGAAUUCCAAGGGCCGACAUGGAGAUCGAAGAGUUAUUCGAUGAACUGGAGGACCUGUCCGACAGUGGCCCCGAACUGGACACAAUGUCCGUCAGUAGCACUCCGAAGCCAUCACUUCGGCCUUUCUUCAGCUCCAGUAGAUCGCUCCUGGCACCUCCCCAUACUG